UUGGCGGCGACCAAGAAGGCAGCCAUGGACAUGGAGAGGGGCUCCUUAGUCCCCCGGGACACAGAGAUCCCGAAGAAGGAUGUGCAGCUGCGGGUGACCCCGUCGGAGCUGAAGUUUUUGGACACGUCAGCGGGGAGGGUGUACCGCCUCCCGAUUACUGUACACAAUUUAGGUCGCUGGAACCAGAAGAUCCGGUUUCAGGAGCCACUAAAACCACAGUUCAAACUACUUUUGAACAAUCUGGAUAAAGAACUUGCUUCUGGACUUCAGAUGACGGCUAUGGUGGAAUAUCAUCCUGAUAAAGAUGAAGACACUUUUGACCAACUGCUUAUUUCAGCAGGAAAUAGAACAAUAGAAAUCCCUCUAGCUGGGUUAAUUCCAUCCUGUCAAUUAGAAAUUGAGUCAGAAGUUGAUUUCGGCACACUGGUUGCCAAUAGUAAAGUAUAUUGUAAAGAGAUUAAUAUCAUUAACCAUGGCAAAGCUCCAGGUAUAUUUAUCACAGAAUACCAUGGUGGAUUACCCAUUCUCAUUUUUCCAACUAGUGGUAUUGUAGAUGCUGAGUCAUCAACGAUCAUCAAAGUAGAUUUCUGUGCAGACCAGCCUAGAAUUGUUAAUGACGUGGCAAAAGUCAGUUUGCAAGGGCGUCCAGACAUACUCUUGAAUAUCAAAGCUCAUGUGGUUGAGCAGAUUAUUGAAUUGUUAAACAUAAGUGGUGACAAAAAGUUGGACUGCAUACGCUUUGGUUCUGUUUUCUUCGGGACAUCAAAAAUUGAACAUGCACUUUUAUACAAUAAUAGCCCAGAACCCAUAAAUUGGGUGGCCAUAAUGCAAGACGAUUCAGUUGGAGAAGAAUUGGGUGCAAAUAUUGGACAAAGAACAGAUGUUGCUUUAAACAAUCUCACCUACUUAAGCAAAAUAAGAAACAUAGAUGUCACAUCUUUUAUCUUCUGCGUUCCUAAUGAAGGAACUUUAUUACCUUAUGAAAAGACUGCAAUUACAUUUUGUUUUAGCCCUAAACUGAUCUAUGAUGGCAAAAAGGAUGUUGAUCCUUCACACAGGCAAGACUACGCUCUCUUUUUGAGAUUUGAGUCUGUAGGAAGUAAAGAUGGAUUUUUGAGAGAUGAUGACAAUAAAAUCAACAAAAAUGAACGAUUUCAGAAAGUGGAAUUAGCAUUGACAGGCUCAGGACUUCCUGUUGCAUUACAGUUUGAUCCUGGGAAGGUCCUUAAUUUUCCACCUUGUGUCAUGGGUGAGCAUUCAGAGGUUCUGUGCAUUAUGCAGAAUCGAACCAAAUCACUCCCUGUGACAUAUCACUUCCAAAAAACAGCGCAUUUUAAAAUCAAUCCUAAAAGGGGCAAGAUUGAUGAAGGAUGCAUCCAGAAUGUGAUGUGUUCAUUUAUUCCACAUCAAGUUGGAACCUUUAAAGUGAAGCAAGUAAUAGAGAUUAUUGGUUUAGUGGCAGAUGAAAAUUUGCAGUCUUUAUCAAUGAAACCAUUUCAUCGUAUAUGUUUAGAUUUCAACAGUGUCUGCAAACCUUCCAUCAAGAAAGUUGUGAUGAAAAUUAAUCCUGGUAUAUCACCAUUGGUCAGUAAUCCAACAGGACAGUUUGUGGUCAAAGAUUUUGCGAAGUGCAAAGACUAUGCACCUGUAGCAAUGCUUCAAUCAGCCAAGGCAUGCAUUCACAGUCAUCAAGCAAAAAAAGAGACAGUGAAGGACGCACUGAUAGCCUUUCCCAAUGAUCGAGCUGCAAGUAUCAGGCCUGGAGAACAGGACAAACAUUUCAGGACAAUUUUCACAAAAAUACCAAGAUACAACUAUGUGGAUCCUGAUUUUGCAUAUACUAAAAUUGAAGAAUUAGAAAAGAGAGUACAUCAAAACUACUAUGAAAAAUAUAUAAAAUAUUUAAGAUCUGUGCGCCUGCAGAAACAAGCAGAGAGGGAAUCCAGGUAUCCAGCUGAUGAUCUAAACAUAGGCUUACAGCCAGCAUCGGGUCUCAAGUCACCGUCACUCUCAGAAUCAGACAUAGAAGAUGAGACAUCUUCAGCAGAAUGUCAGAUCAAAAAUGAUAAAUUGCUAAGUACCAGCAAUAUAGCAUCCAAGGAAGCAGAAUCCUUGAGAAAAAAGGUUCUCAAAGGACUUAAAUCGGAACCAUCCACGCCCCAAGAAAAACAAGAUUGUAGCUUAAUUUUGACACCAAAGCAAAUUCAUCAAGUAAUCGUUGGGCCCUCGGUCCUUAACUUUGGUGAUGUUUGUGUAAACUCCACAAGUACUCAUCCACUGCAUAUUAUUAAUAUGCUACCUAUACAUGUUUUGGUCCAGUUAGAUGUUAAUUUGGAAGAACUUCAGAAGACCAACCAGCUUUCAUAUGUGAUUCCACCUACAACCAGUACUUACAUUUCAAUGAUAUUCGAAUCACCCAUCAUUGGAAAAUUUUGGAAGUCUUUCACCUUUACUGUGAACAAGAUACCUGGUGGGCACAUCCUAGUGAUGGCAGUUGUCCAGCCAGUAAAGCUUGAACUAUCUUCUAAUGAGCUAGUAUUGAGACCACAUGGUUUCACGGUGAAAACAUGUUUCAGGGGGACAGUUAGGUUGUAUAAUCGUCAGAAUUAUUUUUCCAAAUUUAGAUGGCAAUCGGUGAGCAAAGAAAGAGGGACGGCGUUUACCAUUCGUCCUUCUAAAGGCAUUGUUGAAGCAUUCUCAUCAUUGGAAUGUGAAGUAACAUGGCAGCCAGGUUUCAGUUCUCCAGAAAGGGGAGAAUUUAUUCUUCACGUCUAUAAAGGAAACACACUGAAACUGAAAUGUGUUGCACAUAUUGGUCACACCAAGGUUAUUCUUUUGGAGCCAAGAAUACUCUUCAGUAAUAGUCCUCAAGGUUUAACAAGUUGGAGGAAAGCCAUUCUUCAUAAUGUGGGACAAAACCAUGCUUAUUUCAAGGUUUGUGACCAGAAUCUUUUGCCAAUCAUUAACAUUGUUCCAUCGCAAGGAAUAAUUCCACUGGGGGGGCUAACUGUUCUGAAUAUCUCCUGUACACCCACUGUGGCAGAAAAAUUUGAUACAAAAGCAAAGGUUGCUAUUCGCCGUGCAAAUGUCUUAGAGCUUAGGAUUGGUGGAUCUAUUGAGAUUGCCGAUGUUGAAAUCAGCCCGAAUGUCUUUAAUUUCUAUGGCACCUAUGUUGGUUCUACCCAGAUUAUUCCAUUUCUAAUAAAAAAUAAAGGUAUAACACAUGCCAGGGUGGAGUUCGAUCUAGAAGAAUUUGAAGACUUUGCCAUGGAUUUUAAAGACAAAACAGCGGAACUUGCAAAUCCUGGAUUUCCUUACAUAUAUUCUUUGGAGUUAGAGGGAAAUACAUCUCUGGAAUGCGGCCUAGCAUUUUCUCCCAAAGAAGUGGCAACACGUGAAUUUACCUUUCACGUUCGAGUUAAUUUCAUGCAUGCUUCAGAAGAUUACCUUCAAGUUCAUUCAUCAAGUUCUCCACCAAGUCCAAAGACAGGGCCACUUAUUCCCCCGUGUUAUGUUAAAGCAACUGUAUUGCAAGCACCAUUGAGAUUAUCCAGUACUAAGUUUGUGUUUGAAAUUCCUUUACAUGAUAUGGAGCAUUGUAAGAAAGUCACAAGAGUUCAGGAACUUCUCUUUCAUAAUAUUUCAAAACGAAGGGUCCAAUGGACAUUGGAUCUUAGUGGCACUGGCAAACUUUUCAAAGAUGGCACAUUCAAGUUUAGUGCACCGACUGGGCAUCUGCUACCAAAUGAAAAAUAUAGCAUUUCCAUAUAUUUCUCUCCAAAUCAUCCUAGAAAAUAUGCAGUGGAUAUUCCUAUACUUUUAAAUGAUAAUCCAGUUUGCUAUAGAAUGUUAUGUCUUACUGGAGAGGUAAAAUCACCCAAGUUAUUGUUUGAUCCACCAUUUAUAUUUUUCAAUCCUGUUCCUUUGGAUGUAACAACUGUGAUGGAUGUCAAUAUUUUACCUCAAAACUAUUUCAGUACUUCAACCCUAUGUGUUCAGAUUCCUACAAAGAUGCAUCUUGAUGAUGACGAGAAUUUCCCUCUUUCCGUGAAUUUUCCAGAGGGCAGAAUCAUCACGGGCUCUCGCUAUGGAAUUAACGCUAGACUUACCUGUCACCUUAGCUUCAAAUCAUCUAAACCUGUGUCAUUUUUUACCGAGGUUCUUUUCUAUGAUGCCCAAAAUAACUGGUUUUCUCUGCCGGUUACUGCAACAGCAGAAAACUGCAUUCUUACUCUUCACCCAUAUAUGGCAAUUCAUCUUCAUAACCGAAAAAUUGUUUUAAAGAAUGAUAAGGAUGGAAGUCUUAUGAAGACUACAAGCAGUUUUCCUUUUCCUUUUCCUACUUCAAAUGAAAUGACAUCAUUAACUACUGAAUUUAAUGAUUCUGAGCCCUCAAAGAGAAAAUUCUAUAUUGGAAUGGGAAUCUCAUAUGAAAAUUUGAUAUUGGACAAAAGUGAAACAUCAAAGAAACAAGAUGAUGAUGAAUCUGUAGUUACAGAGGAGAAAAACGAGCAAUUCUUUUCUCCUGAAGAAGGAACAAAGGCAUAUAAGUUCUUUCAGAAGGUUGUGAAUGCAGCUCAGACCUGGUUCAGUCUGUUUGGGUGGCCUGAAGGACCUCAUUCUUUUUCUAUACCAGAGACUAUAAGAAGGGAUGUGUAUAAAAUACAAUUCUACCCAUCAGACUCAUCAUCCAAAAAGUUUUCCAGACAGAAUGAUUUUUCCAAAUACAAUAAAACUAUUUAUGAUGUGCUGCUCCAUUUGAGUGGAAAAAUGCCACCUGGAAUUAAUUCAAGCCAGUCUUUACCUGUGGAUAACACUGAACGACUAAAGCAACUUCAUUUGCAACAUUCUUCACUCCUCACCUUUCUCAACACUCAAGGAGCAUGUAUUUCUCAUGUACUGCCAGAAUUUCUGUUUGAACCAGAAGAUUAUAGGAAGUGGAUGGAAAUGACAUCUUCCCCUGAUGCCAUGCCUGUGAGUUCUUGUACACCUAAGGAAAAGAAUCCUCUUAUUAUAGAUAUGGACGACUUUGAAUCCUUGAGUAAACGGGCAUGGACAGAUGUAUUCCUUCAGACAUACAAGGUGUUGAUUUUAUCCCGGGUUGUACCACAUUGUGGCAAUAAUAUACCUCCCUUACAUGUACAAAAUACACCAAAAGUCAAUCCUUGUUUUGCAUCUAGCAACAUAUAUUCUACUUCUGAAAGGGUUCUGCUUAGUUGGAUGAACACGAAUUAUGAAAAUACCCGACAUAUUAUAUGGAGAAACUGUCACACAGGCAUUAUUCCCCCUGAGAGGUGGAUAAUAAAUUUUGACAAAGACCUUUUAGAUGGCCUUGUUUUUGCAACACAGAUGGCAGCCUAUUGCCCGUUUUUGAUUGAUUCUCAUUUCGUACAUAUGUACACACAACCAAAGAGCCCUGAACAAUAUCUGCACAAUUGCCUGAUUAUUGUGAAUGUUCUUCGUGAAAUUGGAUUUGACAUGGACAUACAAGCCACUGACAUCUUUGACCCAAAUCCAAUUCUGAUGCUCAUGCUUUGUGUCUACAUGUAUGAAAGACUUCCUACAUACCUCCCCAAGAAGGUGGUGCCCUUUCAUUGUAGUCUGCAUGACACUGUGCUAAGACAGGUUCUACUGAAAAAUUCAAGCUUGAAAAACUUAGUGUAUAAUGCUACAAUUAUUGGAAGAGAUGCUGCUGACUUCUCACUCUCCCAAACAGGGAAUGUUGUGACCAUUUCUCCAAAGAACCAAAUUGAAAUCACUGUGAAGUUCACCAGCCGCUUUCUCCAUCCGGCUGAAGCUUCACUGCUAUUAAUUUCAAAACCUAAGAAUACAGUUGGAGGCGCUACGAUGACUUUUGCUCUGAGGGGAGAAGUCCUCAAUUUCAAACCUAUUGAUAUUAUAAAAUGCAAAACUCCAUGUUAUCAAUGGAAAGAAAUCACUGUCAAAGUUAAAAGCCAUUUCCAAACUGCUGGGGACUUCAAUGUCAUGUUGGUGGAAUCCUCAACAUUUGUAACUUUGCCAUCACAAUUAAAUGAAUCUGGACAGUUCACUAGCCACAUGAACCAUGGUGAUGCUGUGAGUAGCAGUGGAUAUAAAACUCCUGGGAGUUAUUCUCAUUUCCAAAAUGUCUUCAAAACCUCAAUUAAAUCCAAUUUCAUCAAAGAGUUCUUCUGCUCCACGUGUACUCUUCAUCUGGGAGUGAAAGGGUCUUCAAAUCUGGACCUCUACUUUCUUCCCUUUGACAUGCAUACGCGCUAUUGUGUCAUCAUCCUGAGCAACCAAAAGAUUGGAGAAUUAAUAUACAUUGUGGAAGGAGAAGGUUUGAUCCCCUUGCCUUCCAAGUUUGUUCCAAUGAAUUAUUCAACUCCACUUGACUACAACACUUCUCCAGAAGAAGAGUUUAAUAAGGAAGAUCCAGUUCUGUAUUUGAACUGCAAUCUCCGGCAAAUCCUGGAUAUGGAGCUAAAAUUGCCACUGACUAAUGAAGCCAAGGAAAAGGCUUUGGCUUUUGCAGCACAGCAACAGAUGUCAGACAUUGAGUAUCAGCGAAGAUUUAUCACAGGCACUCUGGAGAGCAGCAGUAUCCGCGUGGCCAUCGCCAUCCUGGGGCUGACCACAGUUGAGUCUUGCAUGCUCUUUAAUACCUCAAAGUUGAAGAAGCCUAAGUCCAUUUCAUACGAGACAGAAGUGAGUCUUCCACAACAUUUCCAUAUCCCCAAGAAAAUCUGCAUCCCUCAGAUUCCGGAAAGUCAAGAUAAAUCUCAAAGAAUUAAACCUGCAAGUAAAAAAGCUCCAGAUGGAUAUGUUCCAUUUCCUUUACGAUUUGUUCCUCUCAGUCCUGGACGAUACCCUUGUAAAAUUUUGUUGACAUCAAAGUAUGAUGUCCGUGUCUAUUGCAUCGAAGGUGUGGUGAAUGAAGAACACGCAGAAGCCAAAUUAGAGUUUUCCACACCAGCAUUUGAAGCUGUUACCCAGAGUAUUCCAAUAAGUAAUAAAACAAAGAAUGAAUGGAAAUGUCAAGUUACUAUAGAAGGAAAAUGGUUUUAUGGACCUUCCGUUUUAUAUAUCGCGCCAGGAGAAACUGUGCAAUAUCCUCUCACAUUCAAACCUAUUUUGGAGUGUGAGAUUAUGGGCAAACUUAUUCUACAAAAUGAAGCAAAUGGUAUGGAGCACAUCUUUGACUUAAAAGGCAUUGGAAGACAACCUCUGGCCUUGGAACACAUCGUUGUAAACUGCCGAGUGGGAGACAUGGUUAAUAGGCCCAUAAUGGUGCCCAAUUAUACAAAGACUAUCAGAACAUAUAAGGUAACUUCAGAUCUUCCAAUAGUGUGGGGAUGUCCAGACAUGACCAUAGAACCUGAUAAUGUAGCUCCAUAUGUUGUCCACGUAUCUCCUUGGAAACGUGGUGUAUUCAAAGGUACAAUUUCAUUUACUGCUAAAAGCAGACAAUAUGAUUCUCAGGAGGAGACAGAUCAAGAACAAUCUGUUCAGAAAUUAUUAUCAGAAGUAUCCCAAAUUUUUGAUGAGGAAGACUCAGAUACGAUGUUAACCAACAUGACCUGCAGAAAUGACAUAAAACUAGGGAUUCAGCUGUUUACUCUUCUGAAGGCGGAAACUGAAGAGCAGAUUUUAGAAGCCAGAAACUUUCUGGAAAGCGUGUGCAUUGAAAUACCUCUCUCAAAUCCAGAAGACAGAAUUAUUCACUUAGAUGUCCAAUUAACAAAUCCGGCCCUUAGUGGACUCAAGAGACUUACACUGAAUCCACUAGAAUUUGUCAACUAUGUUGCCAGGUAUUCUCCAGCGACUACAGGCUGUAGUGAGGAAAGUGUUAUUUUUCAGCCUGAUGUAACUCUAGAGUUCUGGUAUUUACUAAGAUUAACUAUUGAAUUACCAAAACCAACCAGGAUGCCAGAAGUACAGUGUGACCUUGGAAAGUGGGUCACUCAGAUUAUUCUAUUAACUAAUCCUACACAUGAAACCUUAGAACUGGAAGCAACAAACAGUAAUCCUGGCAAUUUUGACCUGGAUAUUAACAAAAGAUUACCACUGAUCGUCCAUCCUCACUCCACCACGGAAGUAGUUGUUCACUUCCAACCUUCUGCACUUGGGAGGGCUACUCACCAAGCUUUAAUCAGCUUCCACUGUGCUCAGUUUAAAGAAUGGAGAUUCUUCCUCUUUGGAGUAGGGCUGUUUCCCCAGCCUCUGGAAACACAAAAAGUAACCACAUUUCUUAAUCUUCAUUCACCUAUCGUUAUACCUUUCAUUAAUCCCACCAAGGAGGAUGUUUUAAUCAAUAUCAUGCUAACAAGUCAGGAACCACUCAUGGAUGUCUUCCUGGACCAUUGCUGGGAUAGCUUCCUCGUUGAGCAUUCCGCCUUCUCGUUUAGUUCUCUGACUAGUGUACAAGGAAUUGCAUUGCCUCCUAAAGGAAGUAUGGAAAUUCCAGUGUUAUUUAUCCCUGACAGUAUGAAAUUAUAUAAAACAAUGGUCGUUAUUCAGAUGAUGAGGGCAAAUGGAGAAAAUUGGCCUAUCGACAAUUUUGAUGAAUUGGAUACAAGGACAAAAAGAACUGUGGGAAUAGACUUUGGAGAAGUAAGAGCAAUACACUGGAUAUUCCCGAUCCUUGGACUCCCACAGGCACCACUUCCUAAAUGCCCUCCAGUUGUCAUAAAAUGUCAAGCCAAGAAGCGGGUAGAAGAAGCAGUGGAAAUCACACUGACUGGUGAAUUUUUUGGACAAAAUCCUACUGCAGAAAUGACAGAAUUUAUAGUGUCACCAAAAAGGAGUCUAAAUAAUAAUUAUUAUGAUCUCUAUGGUAAGAGAACCACAGCCAUGUCUCAAAUUAUAUUGAAAAUAGAGUGCAUAAGAGAUGGAAUCUGGAAGUUUCCCUUAACAUUGCUUGCUACUGAGCCUGAUGUGGACGAUGUCAUUGACAUUGAAGGGGUUGGUUUAUUUAAGGAUUCUAUUGUUGACUUCAGGCUGACAAGUCAGACAAGCAAUCCUGAGCCAUUCACUGCAUUCUUCCUACCUGGUAGUGAUCCAGAGUUUUCUGUAAAACCUGAAUUUGGAGAACUUCCACCUUUUGGCACUGCUGGAGCCCUCAUUAAUGUGAUAUUUAGACCCCAGAUGUACAGCAAGAAAUACAAAGCAACGUUAGUAAUACAGACAGCAGAUAUGUACUGGAUGUAUGAAAUCAAUGGGUUACCUCAAAGUGCCAUACCACCGAAGAAUGCACAAGCCAAAAUCGAUGCUUCUAACAAGAAGUUCGACUGUAGGCCAAUUCGUAGGCGCAAUUUUAUCCGUGAAAAUGCUAAACUCAAAAGGACGGGGGUGUCCUCUACCAUGAAGGGUGCUGCUUUGAUGUUGAAGAAUAAAUAA